AUGACAGACAACAGCGAAUUCGACCUGAGGAGGCGUUUGCGAGAAGCCAGGGCUCGCCCAUGGCUGACCAAUAGCGUUGUCCGAAGACGGUCAACAACGGAGACUUCUGCUGGUCAGACUAAGAGUUUGGAUGAGCCUAAACCCUCUGUCAGUACCAUCGUGACGGCUGUUCCUGCGUCAUGCCCUCCGAGGCCCACCUCAGGCACUUCGGAGAAGCAGAAGACGAAGCCGGAGAAAGCCCCCAAUGCUGUGGCGAAGGCGAAAGCCCUAGCUCGUUCAGCGGGAUCGAAGAUCCCAGUCUGGGUAGGCCUAUCUUGUGCAUUCUCACGCUGCUCUCUCCAGCCGGAUGGUGUAGAGACAAAGGACAGACCCGCCGCUCAUCCUACGGUCACGAAGGAUACACCGGCGUCCAGACUCCCAGUUCGUGUUUGGAGGUCGAUUGCUUCGUGUCGGCCUGCAUUGCCGCAGGUACGGCGUCGCAACACUCCGAAUGCUCAUGCUGGGGCGUUAAAGGACAAGGGUGCAGGCAAAAAUAUCCUACGGAAAGGCAUCACAACGAUCACUUUACAGAUUCCAGGUUUCAAGAGCAAGGGGCUUGUUCGGGAGGGGGUAAAACCUCGACCGAUCCUCAAGCAUCGAGCCACACACUUGGAUGGCGCUGAGUCUUCACCUCUGCUUUCGAUUGGCCAAGGAGUGAAAUCCGAACCCAAGAAGAAAGUCAUGUGGAGCGAGAAGCUGAUCACCCAAUACAUUCCCAAAGGGGGGGAAACUCCUCUAGCGUGGGAGUGCAAGGGUUGCAAGCGGGACGAUUGCAAUUGUGCACGGGCAAUUGCAGACCGAAACUCGAUGGAUUUGUCGUUCCAUGGAUGGUUGAGAAAUCAACUCGCGCUUGGUUACGACAAUAUCAAUUACCCGGUGAGAAGUGCGAAGGUAGUGAAGGGUGAGCUGCUCUUUGAGCUGCUAACUCUCGAAUCACCGCCCGAGUAA